UACACAUGCCUUAAGAAGACAAGAAGGCAAAUGAGAGGUGUGUAUAAAUCGUAAACAUUAGGCCUCCUUUUAUAGGGAAAAAAUCCCAAACAAAAGUGUCAACCACCAAUGUGAGAUAUUUGACUACUUUAAUAGAAACAAGGUCUCUUAAGUUUUAACUUUUUUUUGUUUCUUAUUGAACCGGUAUUGGUUUUAUGUUUCACUUAAAUCAAAAUUUGUAGAAACAGGAGGAGCUUUAAAGAAUGUAAAUCUUGCAUACAUUCAACCUGCGUCUUUAGCAAGGGGACAAGGGCGAAGCUUUUGAUCUUUGGGCUCUACAAAAGUAAAUGUUGGCAAAAAAAAUCUAUUUGGAGAGAUUAAAAAUUACAACUCAGGGGCUUCUAAGCAGAAUAAGCUAGCACAUAAUAGUAAUAAUCUUAUGCCUCCUGGUUUUGAUAUGAUGGAAGAAGAUAUUCCCUUCACUCAAGAAGCUGAAAUGAUGCAAGAAGUUGCAGCUACUUCGAAGAAUGUACGAGACACUUGCAGUCAACCUGGUGCUUUAGCAAGGGGACGCGGGCAAAAUAUUAGAUCUGUAGGCUCGGUAAAAGGAAGCGUUGGAAAGAGAAAUCUUGUUGGGGAAAGUAAAAAUCACAACUCAGCACUUGUGAACAGAAUAAGCUAGUACAUAAUAGUAAUAAUCUUAUGCCUCCUGGUUUUGAUAUGAUGGAAGAAGAUAUUCCCUUCACUCAAGAAGCUGAAAUGAUGCAAGCAAGGGGACGCGGGCAAAACGUUAGAUCUGUGGGCUCGGUAAAAGGAAGAGUUGGAAAGAGAAAUCUUGUUAGGGAAAGUACAAAAUCACAACUCAGCAGCUUGUGAGCAGAAUAAGCUAGCACAUAAUAGUAAUAAUCCUAUGCCUCCUGGUUUUGAUAUGAUGGAAGAAGAUAUUCCCUUCACUCAAGAAGCUGAAAUGAUGCAAGAAAUAGUAUCUACUUCGAAGAAUGUACGAGACACUUACAAUCAACCUGGUGCUUGAGCAAGGGGACGCAGGCAAAAUGUUAGAUCUGUGGGCUCGGUAAAAGGAAGCGUUGGAAAGAGAAAUAUUGUUAGGGAAAGUAAAAAUCAUAACUCAGCAGCUUCUGAGCAGAAUAAGCUAGCACAUAAUAGUAAUAAUCUUAUGCCUCCUAGUUUCGAUCCGAUGGAAGACGAUGUUUCUCUUGCUCAAGAAGAUGAAAUGAUGCAAGAUCUAUGUGAAUCUGAAAACCCAAAAAAGGUGAGAGGAAAGAAUAGGAAUAAAGAUGUUGCGGGACCCAAAUCUGGAGAAAAGUUUAGAGUCAACUUUUAUCAUAAUCAGGUUGUUGGGAAGCAUCAAGCCUCAUUUUCGAGACGCUUAGGCAUAUUAGUUCGUGAUCGUAAUAUGUGUCCGUUGCAAGUACAUUCAUGGAAGGACAUCGGAGAAGAUAAGCCGGAACACAUGUGGCGAGCUAUUACGGAUAAAUUUGACAGUGAUGACAUGAAUCAUCAAAGAGAUCAUGUGUUAAAUCAUAUGAGAAAGUUAUGGAACAAUUGGAGAGGAUCAUUGCAAAAGUAUGUGAAGUUUAAGCCAUUGCAUGAAGCCCUAAAAGAUGUCCCGGAUGAGGUAGACAAGAGUGAUUGUGAAUGGUUGGUCAAGAAAUAUUUUUUAAGUGAAAUAUUUAAGGAAACAAGUAUUAGAAACUCGAUCAAUAGGUCUAAGUUGAGAAUGCCUCAUCGUACGGGUAGCAAGCCGAUUAGAGAAAUUAUUUACGAACAGGCAGGCAAUGACGGUAAUCCACCGAACAUGGUGACUAUCUUCUUUGAGACUCACAAGAAAAAUGACACGCUUGUAGAACCUGAAGCUGGUGAAAAAUAUGCUGAGAUACAAGAACUGGUACAAUCUGAGCCAUCUCUUACGAAUAUCGAGGUAGUGGAAAGAUGCUUCGGACCUCAAAACAAGAGUCACGUGAUUGGAUUAGGGGGUGGUAUAACCACUAAGGAAUUGAAAGGCGGUAGUUCCUCAAAGGCUGCAAUACCGGCUAAGCUGAAUGCAGUUGGAAAAGAAAAAGAAUCACUAUAGACCGAGCUGAAUGCAACUAAAAAAGAAAAAGAAUCACUAGAAAUAUGUAUGGACGACAUAGAUUCUAAGUUUGCACAUAUUACUAGCUUACUGGAUGAUCAGCCUUCAUCAGCACCAUCUUCAAGUCAACAAAGUACAAGCUGAAAUUAGUAUUUAACAGGCUACUGCUGGCAGCUCAUACUACAAUUUAUAUGUGUCUCUUGGCCUACUCUGCAGACAUUCAUAGAUACAAGAAAGCGAAGACUUCAGUUUAGAGGAUCAGAUAAAGGGCCUGAAGUUUGAAGCAUCUUCCAUAAAGAUAGUUCCGAGCAAGUUGAAGCAGCUAGAAUGUUGAAGAACAAGGAAAAUCUAUUAUGUUUUAUUAGGAGUUGUAGUCGUCAUCCGUACGAACUACUAUUUUACUUUCUCUUUAAUUUUUUAUUUUCUUUAAGGAAUUGAAAACAUGGAUCAUGCAAUUUGGAUGUAAUAUUAGUGCUACUUUGAUUA